AUGUAUUUGCUACUCUGUCUCUCUCUCUCUCACACACACACAUGGGUACAUCGGUCGACCAUCGGCCAACGAAUUCCGACGAAGAUCACCGCCGGAUACGGAAGAGGAGGAGAUUACCGGCGCAGGGUGGAGGAAGCGGGGGGCUCUGCUGGUGCAGCCCCCCCGCCUGGGGUGUCUGCGGAGGCCCCCUGUGAUGGAGGAGGGUUGGAAGAGUGGGCUUAUGUUUCUGCUGCCGUUCGUUGGUCGUGA